AUGACGACAUCGGAAACUCGCGGCACUUUGAAGUUCACAAGGAUGUGCAAGUAUUGGGGAUCCAACCGUUGCAUGAUGGGAAACGAUUGCAACUUCGCACAUUCCGAGUCGGAGUUGAGGGAGCAGCCGGACCUGGUUGCCACCAAGCUUUGCUUCCAAUUUUCGUCCAAGGGUCAGUGCAGCAAGGGUGCAGCAUGCACCUUUGCACACGGCAAGAAGGAGCUACGCCAGAUGCCAAAGGACCAGACACGACGCAAAGAACCAGAGCCAAUGAAGGUCACCGUGCAAAAACCUGCAGGGGAAGUCAGGGAUGUCGACUUCAAGUUGAAAGUGAUGCAGUCAUUGCAGACGGAGCUGGACUUGCUGGCUUUGAAUUUUGCACCUAUGACUCAGAUGACACCCUUCCGCCCUCCACCUGGUUUGCCAGCACCCCCAUCCACAACUUGCGCUUCAAAGGCACUUUUGUCCGUUCAUGCCGAAGACUUUGAGUCUGAGAGCAGUGCAUCAACAUCAUUUCCGUUCAGCCCUCGAAUGGAUCCUUGCGAGGUUUCCGAAAGCGAACCUUGCAGCCCAAAGGGCAUUCGUCAAUUCCAUUUUUAG